AUGGCACCUGUGCGUCUGCGGCUUGGUGAUUUGGUGUGGGGGAAACUCGGUCCGUAUCCUCCUUGGCCGGCAAAGAUUAUUACUCCGCCCAAGUGUUUGCGGAGACCGCGUGGAAAGAAAUGCUGCUUUGUGAAGUUUUUUGGAAUGGAGGAUCAUGCCUGGAUGGAAAUGAGACAGCUAAAGCCGUAUCAUGCGCAUAAGGAGGAAAUAAUAAAGGCUAACAAGGGAAAACUGUUCCGGCGAGCUGUGAAAGAUGUGGAAGAGUUCAUCCGAGCAGCCACCGAGGAAAACCAGACGCCGCCUCACAAGUCCGCUGAUGACGAGAAUCGGCGUAAUUCCAGUGGGGAGAGAAGUAGACCAGACUCAUGUGGUAAGUGCGAGCCUUGCCUGUCUGAAGGGCAGCUGAAGGAGACCAUGGGAGAAGGAAAGAUGACAGUGUCUUCAGAAUCUUCAGAGAGAGGCCCCAAGGCCCCUCGGAGAAGGGCUCGAUCGCACCGUUCCCGGAAGCGUAGGCAGCCCCCAAAGAACAUCCCCGUUCCUGAGUCUAGAACCAUGACGGAGACGAUAGCUAGACCAGUGGCCUCAUUUAAGGGGCAGUGGACUGCGAGUGGUGAGCCUGUGAGCGGAGACCCCCGCUUUGAUCACUUCCUGCUCAGUCAAAUCAGGAACGCAGCUAUCUGUUACGAGCAAAUUACAAAGAAGUUGAAAAGUGGAAAUGAGACCGGAUCCGUCUCUACCCAGGCAACAGACAGCAGGGUCAUGAAUGGUAGCAUCAUACCCACAGACAAAAAGAUAGGAUUUUUGGGCCCGAGCUGCAUGGGAAGGGGCAUGGUCUCCAACUUGCUAAAAACGGGUCACACAGUGACUGUCUGGAACCCGACUACAGAGAGAGAGGAGGCCUGCCUAGGAAGAACCCCUGCUGAAGUUGUUUCAUCUUGUGACAUUACCUUUGCCUAUGCACCUGAUUCAGAGGCGGCCAAGGAUCUGGUGCUGCGUCCUGAUGGUGUGCUGCAGGGGAUCCACCCCGGGAAGUGCUACGUGGACCUGUCAACAGUGGACGCUGACACAGUCACAGAGCUGGCCCAGGUGAUUAUGUCCAGGGGGGGGCGCUUUCUGGAAGCCCCGGUCUUACGCAACCAGCAGUUGUCUAAUGAUGGGAUGUUGGUGAUCUUAGCAGCUGGAGACAAGGACUUAUAUGAGGACUGCAGCACCUGCUUCCAGGCAAUGGGGAAGGCCUUCUUUCUAGGUGAGGUUGGCAGUGCAGCCAAGAUGAUGCUGAUUGUGAACAUGGUCCAGGGGAGCUUCAUGGCCACCAUUGCUGAGGGGCUGACCUUGGCCCAAGAGACAGGUCAGUCCCCACAGACAUUUUUGGACAUCUUCAAUCAAGGAAAAUUGGCCAGCAUCAUCUUAGACCAGAAGUGCCAAAAUAUUCUUCAAGGAAACUUUAAGCCUGAUUUCCACAUGAAAUACAUUGUUAAGGAUCUUCAUUCAGCCAUUGCACUGGGCAGUGCCGUCAACCAUCCGACUACAAUGGCAACUGCAGCCAGUGAGGUGUACAAAAGAGCCGAGGCACUGGGACAGUCUGACAACCUCAUGUCUGCCCUGCCCCAGGCCUACAUGCACUGA